CGGCGCGGCGACGCGGCGAGGCACGGCCAUGGCGGGGCGGCGCGGGGCGCUGAUCGUGCUGGAGGGCGUGGACCGCGCGGGCAAGAGCACGCAGGCCGGCCGGCUGGUGGCCGCGCUGAGCGCCGCGGGGCGCCGCGCCGAGCUGCUCCGCUUCCCGGAAAGGUCAACUGAAAUUGGAAAACUUCUGAGUUCCUACUUAGAGAAGAAAAGUGAAGUGGAGGACCACUCUGUGCACCUGCUUUUCUCUGCGAACCGCUGGGAGCAAGUGCCAUUAAUUAAGGAAAAGUUGAGCCAGGGCGUGACCCUCGUUGUGGACAGAUACGCGUUUUCUGGUGUUGCCUUCACGGGUGCGAAGGAGAACUUCUCCUUGGAUUGGUGUAAACAGCCGGAUGUGGGCCUUCCCAAGCCCGACCUGGUCCUGUUUCUUCAGUUACGGUUGGCGGACGCUGCCCUGCGGGGAGAGUUCGGCCAGGAGCGCUACGAGGACAGGGCUUUCCAGGAGCGGGCGCUGCAGUGUUUCCAGCAGCUCAUGGGAGACGAGACGGUGAACUGGAAGAUAGUCGAUGCUUCCAAGAGCAUCGAAGACGUCCACGAGGAAAUCUUCGCCCUGUCUGAGGAUGCCAUCCGCACCGCCGCUCAGAGGCCACUGGGGGAGCUGUGGAAGUGACCUGAGACAGCUGCCGCCUGCAGGAGGCCCUGGCACCCGGCGGCAUUCAGAUUCCACAGUUUCAG